AUGUCUCAGCAAAAUAUUCAAAAUUGUUCUAUUUGCUUAAAAGAAAUUACAAAAAUUAGAAAUAUUUCAGAUGAUCUUAAAUUUAAAAUUAAUAAUUGUCCUGAUAAAGAUUAUUAUAGUCAUCUUACUUAUGAAAAUAAUAAAUUAUGUUCUGAUUGUUAUAUGAAAAUUGUGAAUUCUUAUCAGCGUCAAAUAUCUACAAUUAAUAGAAAUAGCAAAAAUUUAAUGGAAACUAGUAGACCUACUAUACCUGCAAAUUUAACAGAAAGCACUAUAGAUUUAAUGGAAAUUAAUAAUUUAAUUGAUAUUAGUAAUACUAAUAUUUCAACAAAUUUAAUAGAAAUGGAAGAGU